GCGGAGAGUUCACCGGUAGUGUUUCAAGUGCCUAUGACUGGUCCACAUUCAUAUGUGUAUCAUUCAAAGAUCGUCUCUCCGCUGUCUCACUUGUGACAAGCCCGGGCAUGAAGCCACCUGUGAACCUUGAGCGCUGCUUGAUCAGGGCUGUUCACACUGCUCCGUACACGGCGGUAGGCGCGACUCGGAUAACCGGAUCCUUGGCUUCAUUUCCAUACAUUUUGCCUGUUGUCUCGCGCCGUUAUUUUUCAAGGGGGUCUCUGCGAAAUAGUGCAUAUAAUCCAGACCUACAGCGUCAUAAAGUCCCCGCUCUCGUGUUUACAGAUAGUCUCAGGUCAUUUACGUAUCUGCCUACAAGGUACCUUGGAAUGGCAUACCGACGGGCAAACUCGACUCAGCGAGAUUCACAAGACGAAAAAAUUACGCAGAACGGGGUAAACGGUCACAAUGACGCCCAUGGCAAACAUUCGCAUUCGGUCUUUCAUUCACACUCGCAUGAUGAACAUGACCAUGGACAUGAUGCAGAGCAGAUAGUACAGGCGCUUCAAACUACUGGCGAUAGAGGGAGUCGAAUAACGCUCGUAGGGCUGUUUGCCAACGUGGCAUUGACCGGCGCCAAAGGACUCGCGGGCUGGUAUAUGCACUCUGCCUCAUUGCUAGCAGAUGCCGGCCACUCCAUGAGUGAUCUGCUCGGUGACUUUGUUGUUUUGUUUUGUUGGAAACUGUCAAGGAAGCCACCCUCAGCACGUUACCCAUAUGGAUUCGCCAAAUUUGAGACUCUCGGGACAACUACUGUGUCACUGCUGCUUAUCGGAGGAGCACUAGGCAUCGGCUUCCAUUCUUACCACCUCCUCGUGGAAGCACUGGUGACAACUGUCUCCACCGUCCCACCCGGCCCGCUCCAUGACCUCCUCCAGCAAGUUACGUCUAUUGCUCAUAAUGUUCCUGCCAUCGGCCACUCGCAUGGUCAUACCGGCGUCCUCGACCCCAAUGCAGCCUGGUUCGCUGCGGUCAGUGUCGUGGCAAAGGAGUGGUUGUAUCGAGUAACCAAGAAGGUUGCUGACGAAGAACAUAGUCCAGUGCUCUAUGCAAAUGCUAUCCAUCAUCGUAGUGACGCAUACUCUAGUGUCGUCGCCCUUUUCGCAAUUAUAGGAUCGUGGCUAUUCCCUGCGUUACCCUUAGACCCUAUAGGGGGACUUCUCGUUUCUUUUGUUAUCCUCAAGCAAGGUUUAGACCUCUUUGGAGGCGCGUUUACUGAGCUUACAGAUGCUGGUGUCUCUGCGAACUCGCAUCAGAAGCUAGUACACGCAUUAAAUCCUCUUCUUUCCUCUCCAUCGCCGUCAUCCUCUGCCACCGGCAACGGAUUCCAUGCAACUACUGAACUACUCGCCGUCCGACAUCUCCGAGCUAAGCGUGCAGGCUCGCUGAUGUACGUGGACCUAAUAGCCGAUGUGCCGAGCAAUAUGUCAGUCUUGGCUACAUCAAACUUAGAAGUAAAGAUUUCGCAGACGUUGAAGGAGGCGCGGAAGGAGAUCUCAGAAGUUCGCGUGAAAUUCCACCCUGUUGACACGCACGCUCCUCGGAGUUGACCGAGUAUGUACGAAUAGACGUGUCAUCGACAUAUUCAUUUGUUCUCUGUAUUUUCUACACACUACUAUGUAGUUAUCUUUUGGGUUAUUUUGUGCAUGGCGAU